CCGAGGCGUCAGGCGGUUCCGUUCAAACGUACUGUGAUGUCUAGAACCGCGCCGGUCUUGAUCUUAAUCCUGGGUUUCUGGGCUUGCGACGCAGCAAACCCCUGUUGCUCUGAGCCAUGUCAGAACCGUGGCGUCUGCACUUCUGUUGGCUACGACUCCUACGAAUGUGACUGCACGCGUACAGGAUAUUAUGGCCAAAACUGCACGAUACCGGAAUUCUUCACGUGGGUGAAGGUUUCCCUGAAGCCGACACCGGACACCGUGCACUACAUCCUCACGCACUUCAAAGGCCUCUGGAACGUUAUCAACAAUAUUCCGUUUUUGAGGGAUGCCAUAAUGGGUUAUGUGCUCACGUCGCGCGCCCAUUUGAUUGACAGUCCUCCGACGUACAAUUCCGACUAUGGUUACAAGAGCUGGGAAGCUUACUCCAACCUAUCGUACUUCACGCGCACCUUGCCUCCAGUUCCGGAGGAUUGCCCAACACCAAUGGGAGUCUCAGGUAAGACGGAGCUGCCUGACGUGAAGAUCUUGGCCGAGAAGCUUCUGCUCCGGAGGAAGUUCAUCCCAGACCCACAGCGCACCAGCCUCAUGUUCGCCUUCUUUGCCCAGCACUUCACACACCAGUUCUUCAAAACAGACAUGAAGAAAGGUGCAGCGUUCACCAGGGCCAAGAACCACGGCGUCGAUCUGAGUCACAUCUAUGGAGAGGAACUGGAACGCCAGCACAAGCUGCGUCUCUUCAGGGAUGGGAAGCUGAGAUAUCAGGUGCUGGAUGGUGAAGUGUAUCCCCCCAUGGUCAGCGAGGUCCAGGUGGACAUGCACUACCCCCCCCAUGUGCCAGAGUCCCGCCGCUUUGCUGUGGGCCACGAAGCCUUCGGCCUGGUCCCAGGUCUCCUGAUGUAUGCCACCCUCUGGCUCCGAGAGCACAAUCGUGUCUGCGACAUCCUGAAGAAGGAGCAUCCCGACUGGGAUGAUGAGAGACUCUUCCAGACCACGAGGCUCAUCCUCAUUGGUGAGACCAUCAAGAUUGUGAUUGAGGAUUACGUGCAGCACCUUAGUGGCUAUCACUUCAAGCUCAAAUUUGAUCCAGAGAUCCUGUUCAACCAGCAUUUCCAGUACCAGAACCGGAUCUCCUCUGAGUUUAACACCCUCUACCACUGGCAUCCUCUCAUGCCUGAAGACUUCCACAUCCAGGAUGAAGUCUACAGCUACUCGCAGUUCCUCUUCAACACCACCAUGCUGACAGACUAUGGCAUCAGCAACCUGGUGGAGUCCUUCACCAAUCAGGUGGCAGGCAGGGUGGCAGGCGGUCGUAAUGUAGGACGUGCUGUGCUGAUGGUGGCCAUGAAAUCGUUGGAGAACAGCAGGCAAAUGCGCUUCCAGUCCCUGAACGCUUAUAGGAAACGCUUCAACAUGAAGCCCUACGUGUCCUUUGAAGAUCUGACAGGUGAGCAGGAGAUGUCUGCAGAGUUGGAAGAACUGUACGGAGAUGUGGAGGCCGUGGAACUCUACACCGGACUUCUGGUGGAGAAGCCGCGGCCCAACUCCAUCUUCGGAGAGACCAUGGUGGAGAUGGGUGCCCCGUACUCCCUGAAAGGCCUCUUGGGAAACCCCAUCUGCUCUCCGGAAUACUGGAAGCCCAGCACCUUUGGUGGCAGGGUGGGCUUCAACAUAGUCAACACUGCCUCGCUGCAGAAACUGGUGUGCGAUAACGUCAAGGGACCGUGUCCCAUCGCUUCGUUCCAUGUGCCUGAUGUGAAAGACUCUGUCCAGGGAACCAUCAAUGCAAGCACAGCACACUCCCGUCAGAAUGAAGUCAACCCAACAGUACUGCUCAAAGAAAGGAGCUCUGAGCUAUGACCAAAAUCUGCCAAGAUGUCCUUCUAAAAUAUAGGCUGUAUUUAUUUAU